AUGAAUUUAACACUUUACAAGCUCAUACUGCUCAUCGUUAUGAUAGGCGGCACGAUCAUCGCCGGCUUGUCGCCGAUGAAAGUGUUGAGCAAAUUGCGGCACGAGGCGGCCACCGCGCAGAGCUCAUCGAAGCACAAACACGUUUCAAUGGUCCUCUGCUUGCUAACAUGCUUUUCGGGCGGUGUAUUCCUGGCCACGUGCUUUUUGCACCUGUUUCCCGAGCUCGUCGAAAACGUCGACAAACUCAACGAAGUGUACGGCAUCCAUUUCGACUAUCCCGUCGCCGAGCUCCUCUCGUGCCUCGGCUUCUUCCUGCUCUUCUUUCUUGAGGAGACCAUCAUUUUGGCGAUACCUGCUCUAGCUCAUGGUCAUUCUCAUACUUCCAGCGACACCCAUCAUCAUCACCAUCAUCAUCAUGAUGACGCGCCGCCGCCACCGCCGCCAAAAGUGAACACCCAUUGCUGUAUGGUGGAGACGGUGGUGAAUGCGCCAAUCGAUGAGAAGAAGAAGCAUCUUGGUUUGGUCGAUGUCGCCGAUGAGACGACGAUGUUGACGAAAAGCGAUGAGGGCGACGGGCACUGUCAAACGCAUUGUCCGUUGACGGUUCACGAUCGAAAAGGCUCCAAUGAGUGUUUGGCGAAGGCAACGCACACAUUUGCACCAGUGGCGUUCGCCGAGCCGGAGCGUUGUGAAACCAAUUGUGAUGAUGUUGACGAGGACCCGCCGAUUUUGAUGAAAUCGCGCCCGCACGCUCACUCGCAUGGCGUUCGCUCAGUGACAUUCGUGCUCGCCUUGGGCAUCCAUUCGAUCAUCGAAGGAUUGGCGUUCGGCGUUCAGGAUAAUGCCGCCGAGGUGUCGGCGCUGUUCAUCUCGCUCAUGGUUCAUAAGGUGAUCGUCGCGUUCAGCGUCGGCCUCCAAUUGUUCCGAACUCACGCUCAUCAAUUGAAAUGGGUCGUCAUCUCGAUAAUGACGCUUGCCUGCAUGACCCCUCUUGGCGCCAUCAUCGGGCUGCUCGUGAGCACGACGACAGAAGAAGCCGCAUGGAAGGACAUCACUAUAACAAUUCUGCAAGGCCUCGCCGUCGGCACCUUCCUCUACGUCACCUUUUUCGAGGUGCUGCUUCAUGAGCGCGACAACGAGCAUCCCAAUCUGCUCAAGCUUCUCGUCAUGUUCAUCGGCUUCAUGCUCAUCGGCGCACUGCGCCUCUUCGAUUCGCACGAUCACGCUCAUUCGCAUUCACACGACACAUUGGUAUGA